AGGAACAUCCGAGAGAUUAAGGAAGUCUUCCGGCUGGUCAUAAAGCAACGCUCAGACUCGACACAUGCCUUUCGCAGCUGUCAGUUCACUGUAAUUACCUUUCCCCGGAUCCCCUCACCUGCGCUGCCGGACAAGUCACAAUUGGACUGCUUAUCUCGACUUCAUGCUUUCUGUUAUCCGCAAAUCAGAUCAUCAGACAACUGACAGGAAUUGUCCCGACUCAAUCUCAUCCCAUGGUCUCUGUGACUUGGUUCUACGCUCCCUCAUUCCCUUCGUCUCACCGCCUCAACUUGACCUCACCUCAACACCACCCAUCCAAGACACCUCGCAACCUGCAUCACGGAUCGUGGCCUCUCUCCUGAGGGCCAACUAUCCCUGCCAUAUGGAGCCUUGCCCUCCUCUUAUCCCAAUACAGCCUCGCUUCUGCUCCCAACUGCCGCCCGUUGGGCCAACUCAUCUCACCCACACCAUCAUCGGCCUGCAUCCACACACACAAACUUAUACUCACACACUCACACACCUGUGCUGUCAAGUCCACCGCCCAAACCUUCCGCCGACAUUGAAUUUCGUCCAUAUAAUUGUCUGAGGAAAGCUUCCGUGGCCCCGCGGCGAUGAGGGCUAAGUUCCAAAUCCUGCGCGAUGUUUGGGCGCUUGGCCUGACUGAGCUC